AUGCUGGCAUUUUUGGGGGGCACGGGACCCGAGGGAAAGGGGUUGGCUUUACGCUUGGCGAUGGCCGGCGAAUCGGUGAUUAUCGGUUCCCGGGACGCCGGUCGAGCCCAGGAAGCCGCCGAAGAGCUGCUGGCUCUGGCUCCCAACGCGAGUAUCUCCGGCGCCGUAAACGCCGACGCCGCCGCUCAGUGCGAGGUUGUCUUUCUGACGAUGCCCUACAGCGGUAUGUCGCCCACCAUCGAGGGUGUCGGCGACACACUCGCCGGCAAGACGCUGGUAACGGUGAUUGCGCCGAUGCGAUUCGAACGGGGUGUGGGCGCGAUCGCUGAAGACGUGGCGGCUGGCUCAGCGGCUCAGGAAGCCCAGGCCGCCGCUACCGACGCCCGUGUCGUCGCCGCUUUUCAGAACGUGUCCGCCGAGGAGCUAUUGAAGCCCGGCGUUACGCUGGACGAAGACGUGGUUAUCUGCUCUGACGAUGCCGAUGCCAAAACCACCGUCAUGGACCUGACCCGCAAAAUUCCCAACCUGCGCCCGGUGGACGCCGGCGCACUGUACAACGCCCGAUACGUGGAGCAGAUUACUCCACUGCUGGUAAACAUCAACCGAAUACAUCGAGCGCAUUCCGGCGUCAGAAUCACCGGCGUGUAA